AUGCAAGAUCAGAACCCUCUAGAAAACCAUGGACGCCCCUGCGGGUUUGAAAAUUCCUCCUCAAGUCUUGUUAUGUGUGCUGACUCGUGUGGCCUUAGUGCUCCACCCGGUCGAGGUUUCGAGGCACGCAUCUCGCCAACCACCUUUGCCGGUGGAAGUUCCCAUCCUCAAAAUCUCCCAUCUGCUUCGUCAGUCCAGGCGUCACAAGGGGCCUUUGGCAUUCCUCGAGAGCCGUUGAUCCCCAGACCCGUUGGGAACAGCAAUCCCUUUGCCUCCGUACCUAACUCAGGGCGGUUUCGUGAACAUUUCGAAGACGACGCCCCUUCGUACCCUUUACCGAGCAGUGGCUCGAAUUCGCACCAGCAGUCGAGCUCGGAACAACGCGGUCAUACAGCCUCUCCAUCUUUCGGGAGUGUCCUAGGUUCGCCUGGCCCGUCGAUCCCAGCAACCCCCUAUCUCCACGGAUCUUCAUCUAGCGAUCUCCUUGCAAGUUUCCGCCGCUUCAGACAGAACUCCGGGGGAAACAGUCGUCAUAUCUCAAAGGAAGAUAUUGGCCCACCUCUACCCACAGACGCCAAUCCAUUCAGCCUCAGUGGCAGUGUAGGAGAAGGAAACAAUCCAGGCCUGUAUCCCGAGAUCUCUCCUGCUGAAGAGCCUGACAAACCCGGAAACCGCCGAGACCAUUCGACGGGCUCCAUUACUUCUGCGAUUAGAAGUUUGUUCUCUCACAGCAAGAAGAAAUCGAGUGAUAUUCUCGUUCCUGGACAACCCCCUCACACCCGCAAACCCUCCCAUCUUCGCCAACUUUCGAAGUCGAUAUCGAAGUUGAAAUUGCGCUCGAAGAGCGACCCCAUUGACAAAAGGGUCAACCGUGCUUUCGCAGCUGAAAGUAGUGACGUCGGUUUUUACCAUUCGACACCAACCUAUCUCCCCAGUGGCGCUCCUCGUCCUUUAGCUCUGACCACGCUUUCGGCGCCUCAACUGAGCCAAAAUCGGUUUGUCAGCCCUUACCAGAUAUCAAACGCACACCCGUCACAAGGUUCAUCAAGCGCCAGCCAGGAGUCUCUGCUUCCUCCUGUUCCGGAUCUUCCUUGCCGUACUCGCGACUAUUCUGAGGCGAAGACCCGGUUCCCGAAAUUGAAAGACCUCAUCAUGGAUCCCACUCGCACUUCUCGUUUCCUGGACCCGACGUCCGCGAUGGCGGCCAUCACAAAGCACAAAGCGGAGGCAAUCAAGCUUGCCAAGGAACAGGCAGCCGCGGUACAGGAGAUGUGCCGCAGAGCAAAAACCGAAACGCCGCCAUACGAGUUCGAAGAGCUGAUCGGCAAAGGCUCGUACGGUCGUGUGUAUAAGGGCCAUCAACUCCCCUCUCGCAAGGUUGUCGCGAUCAAGGUUAUGGAUAUCGAUUCGAUGGAUUACAAGUCCCUCCGCGAUUUCAAAGACGAGUCCAUCAAAGAUUUCAUCCACGAAACCAAGGUUAUGAAGCAGGUCAAGGACGCUGGAGCCAAGAACAUCAACGAGUUGAUUGAGGCUAUUUCGAUUCAUUCGCAGCUGUGGCUGGUUUGCGAAUACUGUCCUGGUGGUAGUGUGAGGACUCUGAUGCGGGCCACAGGAGAUCGCCUCGACGAGAAAUUCUUGAUUCCAGUGGCACGCGAACUCGCUGCUGGUUUACGUGCCAUUCAUGAUGCGGGCAUCAUCCACAGAGACAUCAAGGCUGCCAAUGUCUUGAUCCACGAAGAAGGCCACUUGCAGAUUUGUGACUUUGGCGUGGCAGGCGUCCUCCAGUCACAAAAGGACAAACGGUCCACCUGGAUUGGGACGCCGCAUUGGAUGCCGCCGGAGAUGUUUUCGACCCGGGGCGAGGCCCACAAAUACGGAAGCGAGAUUGACGUUUGGGCGUACGGAUGUACCUUGUUCGAAUUCGCCACUGGCAACCCUCCCAACUCAAACUUGCGUGAACGUAUGCAAAUCGGAAGACAACUGAACCGUACCACCCCGAAGCUGGACAACGUGAAAUACAGCGAUGGCCUCAAGAAUCUGGUGUCAUUCGCUCUCGAAUCGAAUCCCGCUACUCGGCCUUCUAUGGCUGAUAUUCUCUUGCACCCUUACAUCGCCGAUUCUGAGGAGAUCUAUCCUACGUCCUCGUUACGUGAACUUGUUCGGAUCUACUAUCAGUGGUCCCAGCGCGGAGGACAGAGAAUCUCCUUGUUUCACCCCGGAGGAGCUGCAGCUGCAGAAGUCCCAGGCGUCGAGUCCGACUUUGAAGAGGACUGGAACUUUAGCACUACAGAUGGCUUCGAGAGGCGGUUCUCCGUCAUUGAUCUGGACCAAGUUGCUGCGUCUUUGGCGGAAAUGGAAAGGGAAGACAGCCCGGCUCGUCCCGUCGAAUCCGACUCGAACGAAGAACCUGUCCAAACCGCCAUGACCGAAGAAGACAAAGCGAACUUUGAUGAACGCGUCCGCAGAGGCGCUGAAGCCAUGGAAGGUCUUUUCAACGAAGAAAAGCCGAGUUAUAGAUACGAGACCAAGAAUGAUUUCGUGCCAGUCGAGCCCCGACCACCAGUCUCUGACCUUCCUCUCCGCAUGGAAACCGACCGUUCCUCUGUCACCUCGACUUUUAUUGACAUUGACAUUGGAUCUUUCGAUUCCUCACAUUAUGCUGCGGGGGCAACAUCAGCCCAGCCCUUCCAGCUUGCGGACGCCGAUACGAUCAAAGCUAACAGAUCAAGCGGUCGCCAGCAGCGCAACUCAAACGAAGCGCGUUCUCGCUCAUCCAGCAGUGAUGUUGAGGCCACCCGCGAGUCGGUCGACAUGACUUACCAACCCCAAAACGGCCCACGCCCCCCGACUAUGGACUGGAAAUUCCCCGUGUUCAUGCAGCCUGCGACAGAGGAGGCGUCCGAGGCAGAAGCUGAAAGUCCUAAGCAAGAAGCACCAGAGGCUGAUCUCAGCGGCAGACGCGCGACAAUGGAAUGGACCUUCCCCGUCAUGACCUCCAACGAACAAGGGAGCCAGGAUAGCGCAGUGGACUAUAACCGUUACAGCACUCUCAGAGCGCCUUUGACGGCUCUCCAGGAACCUUUAACGGCCAACCGUACCUCCAGCAUCGGUGAGCCAGGCGACUCUCGACCGUCCACAUCGACCUCCGGAAAGUCCAGUAUCUCCGUCAGCUCUGAGACCGAUUACGACCCCUUCCGUUUCGACCGCCCCUCCACUCCUCCCCAUGCUUCUAUCGAGCAUGCGAGAUCCUCAAGCAACGAGUUUCCGGUGUUGGAAUUGUCGGAUUACAGCGACCCUGAGCGAUCAUCUGUUCUGGACGGCCCUGGUCCUGACGAAGAAGACGAGCCUCUCGGGGAAAAUCAUUCAGUGCCUCAGUCUGAGCCGUUCCCAACCGCCAUCCCGUCGAGAGCCCCUGAGGCCAACGCGCCCUUCCCCACCAUCGACGAGUCUCCUAUGUCUGAGCCUUUGCCGACCGCGAGGCGUGAUCCCCCAUCAAGUAUUGCUUCGAUGGGCCCUAUCCAAUUCCCCGAGCUACUUCCGCCGCGGCUUGAGCGCCGACUCCAGCAAAGACCGCAGCUCGACUUCUGA